AAAAAAGAAUUAGAAGAAAAAUUAACUAAGAAAACGGGGUAAACCCCGUUGAAUCCAAUGGUGGCGCUGCACAUUGCUCCUAAACCCUAUUCCCAUUCUCAUUCUCAUUCUGAUUCCAAUGCUAUUCAACUCCAUCACCACCGUAAUCAUCUUCUUCUUCAACCUUGAUUGAGCAUGUUCCACUUUUACCCUCUCCCUGAUCAUGCUAAUGCCCUCUCUGCGAUCCACUCGCAGAUUCUGCAACAACUUCUCUUCCUCUUCCUCCUCCGCCGCAAUCGUCAAUAAUAAACCCUUACAACCACCAGCUCUCGACAGACUCAAAUCCGAGUGGGACCCACACAAACUCUUCCAUCUCUUCAAAUCCAAUGCAACUAAUCCCAUCCUCAUCGAAAAUCGUUUCGCCUUUUACGACACCGUUUCACGUCUCGCCGGUGCUAAACGCUUCGACUACAUCGAACAAUUACUCGAACAACAGAAAACCCUACCUCAAUCUCGCCGCGAAGGUUUCGUCGUUCGAAUUAUCGCUUUGUAUGGUAAUGCUGGUAUGACCAAACACGCUCUCGAAACUUUCUAUCAAAUGCAUUCUUUCAAAUGUAAUAGAACCGUUAAAUCUUUUAAUAUCACUCUUAAGGUUUUGGCUCAGACGCGGGAUUAUGAUUCUAUUGUUCGCUUUUUGAAUGACGUUCCUUCUAGUUUUAACAUUAAGUUAGAUGUUUAUUCUGUUAACAUUGCUAUUAAGGCUUUUUGUGAACUUGAUAAGCUUCAAGAGGCUUAUUUGUUUAUGUUAGAGUGUGAGAAUAAUAAGGGUAUUAAACCUGAUGUUGUUACUUAUACCACUCUUAUGUCUGCGUUUUAUGAGCAUAUGAGGUGGGAAGUUGGUAAUGGAUUGUGGAACCGUAUGGUGUUGAAAGGUUGUAUGCCGAAUAUCGCUACUUUUAAUGUUCGGAUCCAGUUUUUGGUUACGGUGAGGCGAGUUUGGGAUGCUAAUGCUCUUAUGCGUUUGAUGUGGAGAAUUGGGGUUACUCCCGAUGAUGUUACUUUAGUUUUGAUUAUCAAGGGUUUUUUUCUGGUUGGUUAUCCUGACAUGGCAACGAGGGUUUUUUCAGCGUUGCACAAGAAGGGUUAUAAGCUUUCUGCUAAGAUUUACCAGACAAUGAUUCACUAUUUGUGUAAGAGAGAGGAUUUUGAUCAGGCAUGUGCUAUGUGCGAAGAUAGUAUGAAGAAAAAUUGGUUUCCGAACGUAGAUACCAUCUUUAUGCUGCUGGAAGGCCUUAAGAGAUUUGGGAAGAUUGAUGAAGCCAAGGAGAUUGUUGUGUUGGCUAAGAGCAGAAAACCUCCGUUUUCUUCCAGUUAUUUGGCUACAAUGAAAUCUCUAUUGUCUGGGCAGAAAAGUUAGUGGAAUAGGGAAAUCGUUUGACUUUAGUGGGGUAGCUGCCCAAAUGGAUCUCAUAUUCUUUGUAUUCCAUUCAUUUGUACAUCUUGAUAAUUUAAGUAACAAGCCUGAAAAAUUUGAAGGCAUCUCAUCCAAUUUAUACAAGCAGUCAAAUACUAGUUAUCUCCACUCAGUUCAUUAUAUUUUCCUGAAUAAUGUUCCAGUCAAGAUGGUAUUUCAGGAGGCAAUUAUCAUAUAUACUCUUAUUUGAGGAUUGUUGAUUUAUGGCCUGUUAAAAAAUGAAGUUAAAUUAGAAUUGAUUCGAGAUAUCUAUUUGCCAUUGAAGUGGAAAAGGAAAAGCGUUAUCGUCAUGAUCUGGAAAUUUCUGGAAGUAUUUUGAUUUGCAAUAUGGGCUUAGUGUAGUGUACAGCAGAUGCCUGUAUACCAUGAGCAACCUUAUUCAGAUUUUGAGGCUGUCUAGAUGGCUUCUUUCAGCACUGUAUAAUAAUGUAUGCACGUGGUUCAACGAAGUACUUGUGAAGGGAGGAAGUUUUUACAGAGACAGGUUUCUGCGAGUGAACCUCGAAACUAGCUGAAUGUUCACCUGGUUUUGGAGGUAUCCCAUUAUUGUUUAUGUUUCCAAUCAAAUUUGUUGAAGGAGAUAAUCUAUUUGUCUGCAUAACUAAGUUAUGUUGAAGUGUAUUGGAGAACUUGCAUCUGCCUUCUGCUGUGAAAAUUAUUGUUAAGGGUGUAUGAGGGACAAUAAACAAGAACAAUACAGAGCAUUAUCAUUGGAAGGCAAAAUUGAGUGUAAAUUUUGGGAUUAUCCCUAGAUCUGACCAUGGUGACAUUGCUGUUUCACAUGGAUAAAGUUUGUGUACUUCCCCGAUGAUUGUUUGUGCAGUCUUCGGCUAACAGUGCUGACAAUUUUGACUGAAUAAACUACGAAGAUAAAGAGCAAGUACAGAAAGAGCAAUGCUACACAGCUAGAAAAAAAGUUACCUGAAUUUUGACAAAAUACAGGUGAGGUUGCUGGGUGUAAUAGAGUGGUGACCACCUCAUUCAAAAGUCAACUGCCCAUCAAUUCAUUUUGGCAAUUGUCUUUCUAGCUUUUUUUUCAUAUAAUUUUUUCAUUGAAAAAAACAUGAGAAACUUUAUUCUUGAUUUUGAAUACAUGAAAGCCUGCAAAGUUAAGCAGUUAUUCUUAUUAA